AUGUGCAGGCGAGAGGAGCCCAUGAAAUUGGCGACCUGGGUCUGGAUGACAUCGUGCCACAAGAUGAUUGGCGUGCUGCUGGUCUUUUUCCCUGCUCUGCUCCUGGAGAUGGACGUGCUGCCGGGCAGCGCCGGGCGGAAGGCUCUUCUCUCCGCAGCCUCCUCGCAGCGGUCGGUGGCUCGGAUGGACGGGGAUGUCAUCAUCGGGGCCCUCUUCUCCGUCCAUCACCAGCCGCCGGCUGAGAAAGUGCCCGAGAGGAAGUGCGGGGAAAUCCGGGAGCAGUACGGCAUCCAGAGGGUCGAAGCCAUGUUUCACACUUUGGAUAAAAUUAACGCCGACCCGGUCCUGCUACCGAACAUCACCCUGGGCAGCGAGAUCCGGGACUCCUGCUGGCAUUCCUCGGUGGCCCUGGAGCAGAGCAUCGAGUUCAUACGGGACUCCCUCAUCUCCAUCAGGGACGACAGGGACGGGGGCGCCCGCUGCGUUUCCGACUCCCAGCCCCAGCCCCCGACCAGAGUGAAAAAGCCCAUCGCGGGGGUCAUCGGCCCCGGCUCCAGCUCGGUUGCUAUCCAAGUCCAAAACCUGCUCCAGCUCUUCGACAUCCCCCAGAUCGCUUACUCCGCCACCAGCAUCGACCUGAGCGACAAAACGCUGUACAAAUACUUCCUCAGGGUGGUCCCCUCCGACACGCUGCAAGCCAGGGCCAUGCUCGACAUCGUCAAGCGCUACAACUGGACCUACAUACCUCCUAAAGCCAUUGAUAAUGUGGGUUAUCAGGAAGUGUUCGUAGUCUUGCUGACUCUUUAUGGAAUAUCUCAUGAUGUUUGGCCCUCUAGGUCCCAGCCCACAAAAACAUAUGAUUUUUUUGUUUAUUUUUUUUUUUUUAAAACUAACUAUGGAGAAAGUGGAAUGGAAGCCUUCAAAGAGCUGGCUGCCCAAGAGGGUCUCUGCAUUGCUCACUCUGACAAGAUCUACAGUAAUGCUGGGGAAAAGAGCUUUGAUCGCCUGCUCCGCAAGCUGAGAGAAAGGUUACCCAAGGCUAGAGUGGUGGUUUGCUUCUGUGAGGGAAUGACAGUGAGGGGGAUUCUCAUUGCCAUGAGGCGCCUGGGAGUGCUUGGGGAGUUCCUGCUAAUUGGAAGUGAUGGUUGGGCAGACAGAGAUGAAGUCAUUGAAGGUUAUGAACCUGAAGCAAAUGGAGGCAUCACUAUCAAACUGCAGUCUCCAGAAGUCUUGUCGUUUGAUGACUACUAUCUGAAGCUGCGACUGGACACCAACACCCGCAACCCCUGGUUUCCGGAGUUCUGGCAGCACAGAUUUCAGUGCCGCAUCCCAGGGCACCCGCUAGAGAAUCCCAACUUCCAGAAGAACUGCACUGGCAAUGAAAGCCUAGAAGAAAACUAUGUGCAGGACAGUAAAAUGGGAUUUGUCAUCAAUGCUAUAUAUGCUAUGGCUCAUGGGCUCCAAAAUAUGCAUCAUUCCCUUUGCCCUGGACAUGUUGGGCUGUGUGAUGCUAUGAAGCCAAUUGAUGGCAGCAAGCUCCUGGAGUUCCUCCUGAAAUCCUCGUUCAUUGGUAUUUCUGGAGAAGAAGUUUGGUUUGAUGAAAAGGGAGAUGCUCCUGGAAGGUAUGACAUCAUGAACCUGCAGUACAUAGAGCCCAACCGCUAUGAUUAUGUCCUCAUUGGGACCUGGCAUGAGGGCGUGCUCAACAUUGAUGACUACAGGAUUCAGAUGAAUAAGAGUGGAAUGGUCCGAUCGGUGUGCAGUGAGCCUUGCUUGAAGGGCCAGAUUAAGGUGAUCAGGAAAGGAGAAGUGAGUUGCUGCUGGAUUUGCACUGCUUGCAAGGAGAAUGAAUUUGUUCAGGAUGAAUUCACAUGUAAAGCCUGUGAGCUUGGCUGGUGGCCGAAUCCUGACCUGACAGGCUGUGAACCCAUCCCUGUAAGGUACCUCCAGUGGAGCAAUAUAGAGUCUAUUGUGGCUGUGGUGUUUUCCUGCCUGGGGAUCCUGGUCACCAUGUUUGUCACCCUUAUAUUUGUGCUCUACAGGGACACCCCUGUUGUCAAAUCCUCCAGCCGGGAGCUCUGCUACAUUAUCCUUGCUGGCAUCUUUCUGGGUUACGUCUGCCCUUUCACCCUUAUAGCUAAACCCACCACAACAUCCUGCUACCUCCAGCGCCUCCUGGUGGGCCUCUCCUCUGCCAUGUGCUAUUCUGCCCUUGUGACCAAAACCAACCGCAUUGCACGCAUCCUGGCAGGCAGCAAAAAGAAGAUCUGCACCCGCAAGCCACGUUUCAUGAGCGCAUGGGCCCAAGUGGUCAUUGCUUCCAUUUUGAUCAGCGUGCAGCUGACACUGGUGAUCACGCUGAUCAUCCUGGAGCCCCCGAUGCCCAUCCUCUCCUACCCCAGCAUUAAGGAAGUUUACCUUAUCUGCAACACCAGCAACCUAGGUGUCGUGGCUCCUGUGGGCUACAAUGGACUCCUCAUCAUGAGCUGCACCUACUAUGCCUUCAAGACUCGCAAUGUGCCUGCCAAUUUCAAUGAGGCCAAGUACAUUGCAUUCACCAUGUACACCACUUGUAUCAUCUGGCUGGCCUUUGUGCCUAUCUAUUUCGGGAGCAACUACAAGAUCAUCACCACCUGUUUUGCAGUGAGCCUGAGUGUGACAGUGGCGCUGGGGUGCAUGUUCACUCCUAAGAUGUACAUCAUCAUAGCCAAGCCUGAGAGGAAUGUCCGCAGUGCCUUCACCACCUCAGAUGUGGUGCGUAUGCAUGUCGGGGAUGGCAAGGCACCUUGCAAGUCCAACACUUUCCUCAACAUAUUCCGGAGAAAGAAGCCAGGGGCUGGAAAUCCAAAUUCUAAUGGAAAGUCUGUGUCAUGGUCUGAACCAGGUGGAAGACAAGCUCCCAAGGGGGAACACACGUGGCACAGACUCUCAGUGCAUGUGAAGAGCCAGGAGACAGGGUGCAAUCAGACAGCGGUGAUCAAACCCCUCACUAAAAGCUACCAUGGCCAAAGCAAGAGCCUGACCUUUACCGACAGCAGCAGUAAGACUCUGUACAAUGUGGUGGAGGAAGAAGAUAGAGAGCCCGUCCGCCUCAACCAGCCUGGCAGCCCCUCCAUGGUGGUGCACAGGCGGGUGGCGACGACCCCCCCGCUGCAGGCCACGGCGGAGGAGACCCACCUCUUCUUGCCCGAGCAGCCCCCCAAGACCCUGCCCCUGCAGCCGCGGUCUCUCAUGGACCAGCUGCAAGGAGUGGUCAACAAGUUUGCCACCGGCAUUCCCGACUUCAACGCCGUCCUCCCCGCGCCCGGCUCGGGGAACGGCGUGCGGCCCCCCUACCAGCCUCCCCCACCCCAGCAGCCACCCCUGCCGCCUCUCCCGGUGGCCGACUUCAGCGGGGACCCCCUGUGCCCCCCAGCUGAGGAAGCGGAGAGCGAGAAGCUGAAGCUCAUUCAGGGAUACGUCUAUGAGAAGAACCCAGAGGAGGAGGAUGAGGAGCCUGCAACCAGCAAACUGACUCUGGAAGACUCCCCGGCGCUGACACCCCCGUCCCCUUUCCGGGAUUCAGUGGCUUCGGGCAGCUCCGUGCCCAGCUCCCCCGUCUCGGAGUCGGUGCUCUGCACCCCCCCAGAUGUGACCUAUGCCUCUGUCAUCCUGAGGGAUUAUAAGCAAAGCUCGUCCACCCUCUAG